AUGUCUCAGGACGACGAUGUAGGAUUUUUAUAUAAAACAAUGAGUAAGUUGAGGAACUUAUUUGUUAAAAUAUUUAAUGUAAUAAACAAAAAAUAAAUAAGUGUUUUUUUUAUAAUAUAUAUUACUGAAAUUCAAAUGUUUCAAUUUUUUUUUAAAUUUUUAAAUUUUAAUUGCAAUUCUCUCUCUCUCUCUCUUUCUCUCUCUGCCUCUCAUAAUAUGAAUAUAAAUAGAAUAAUGACUAUGGAUAUAAACAAAAUCAAUUAAUAAUAUAAUAUUGUAUAAAAUUUGUGUACAUUUUUAUUUUAUGUAUAACUAAUCAUUUAAAUAUAUAUGCAUAAUUAAAAUAAACAUAAUAAUCUAGUUUAAUUGAUAUGUAAAAUGAAAUUUAGAAUAACAUAUUUUAUAAUUUUAUUAAUUCUGGAUUUAAUGAACAUUAAUGAAUAUCUUUUCUUCAAAAUAUUAUAAUAAUGUAAGAAUCUUUAUUACAUUUUCAAAAAAUAAUUAAUACUUUUAAUAAUAGUUUAUUUAAAACACAAUAGAAGAAUAUAUAAAAGAAUAUACAAGAACGUUAUUAUAAUACACAAACCGGCGUCGUACAUUACGCAUACGUCAGUAUUUUAUAAUGACGAAUUGAUAAGUUCGCUGCAUAGUGGGAGACAUUUAAAAAUUGUGUAGCGGUAUAGGAAUGUAUAAAAAUCUCUAAGACAGAAAUAAAACUCUUUCAUGUGAAAGAAAAUAUUAAAUAUUGCUACAGAAAUUAAGCAGAGUGUUGCUUUAAGAUUAAUAUGACUAGCAUUUGUACGUAUUUAUCGUGAAUUAAGUACAUACAUAACCUAAAAUUAAUUUUUUGUACCUUUUUGGGAGUGCAUAUCCCUUGGAUUAAGUAUGUUGUUGAUAGAAAAAUUUUUAUUGUUGUACUUUAUUCCUUUUGAUUAAACUUUUAAGAAAUAAAUAAUAAAUAAUUAUAUAAGAUAAUUCUUUUUAGUUGAAAGGGAUCCAAAAAAGAGGAGGGUUAAGCCUGUAGGAUCAGCACAAUCUUUACUUGAUUUUGAUUUAGGUGAAAGCUCUGAUGACAGUGAUUUUAGAAUUGAGGAUCAUUGUGAAGAAUCUGAUGAUGAUUCAGUUGAUUCUAAUGAUAUUGGAAAAGAGGAGGAUGUAUCAGGCCAAUCAGAUGAUUCUUUGGAAGACCCAUUACUAAAUAAAAAGGAAAAUCCUAGUUUAACUGUGGGAGAUAUAAUUGAACAAGCUAGACAACAAGCAUUAAAAGGUGGUUCAAUUGAAGAUAAAUUAAAUAAAAUGUUAAUUUGUUGUGGUUGCUUAGGAGAUAGAAGCGAUGAUGUUAAUGAAAUUGUUGAAUGUGAUGGAUGUGGAGUUAGCGUGCACGAAGGUUGUUAUGGUGUAUCAGAUGUAGAAAGUUUUUCAAGUACUGAUUCUUUAUGUCAGUCAGCACCAUGGUUUUGUGAAGCUUGCAGUGCAGGUAUUGAAGAUCCUUCGUGUGAGCUUUGCCCUAAUAAAGGUGGAAUUUUUAAAGAGACUGAUGUAGGCAAAUGGGUACAUUUAGUAUGUGCACUUUAUGUACCUGGUGUUGCUUUUGGAGAAGUUGAUCGUUUAUCAAGUGUCACACUCUUUGAAAUGGCUUAUAGUAAAUGGGGAGCAAAACAAUGUUCUUUAUGUGAAGAUGCACGUUUUGCUCGAACUGGUGUAUGCAUAGAAUGUGAUGCAGGAAUUGCACAAAGAGAAGGUCUGUUAUCUGAAGCUCAUAGUGAAGAAGUUGAUCAGGCUGAUCCUUUCUAUGCACAUUGUAAACUUCAUUCUGAUAAAACACUUGUUCGCAGACGUAGACGUAAUUGGUUAGCCUUACAAUUACGAGCUCAAUACCGACAACAAUUAUUAAAACAACCUAAUCAUUUAGACACUGAAGAACAGCGUAGAAUACAAAGAAAAUUAGCAAAACAUAGACAUAAAUAUUUAGCUCAUAAAGCAUCUAGACCACCACCAUGGGUUCCAACACAAAAAAUGCCUCGAUUAUUAACCACUUCAGCUUCGGCUUGCCGGCAAUUAGCGAGAAAAGCUGAACUCAUGGGUGUUGAUACUGCUGCAUUGGAAGCUCAAGAAGCACAACUUGUAGCUUUGGUCGAUGUUAGAAAGAAAUGGCAUAUUCCGCCUGCUUUUAGUGUAGAAUUCAUUGGUUAUUAUUUGGAUCGCAAUUUGCGAGUCACGUCUAUGAAAAGACGACUACAAGAACUUCUUGAUAUUAAUUCUCAAUUGCUUAACGAGCAACAGAGAUUAGAUAGAAGAUAUGAUGAAGUAAUGAAAGAUAAUGAAGAACAAAUUCGAGUAAAUGUAACGUUAAAGGAAAAAAUAGAAAUGUAUCACCAAGUGCUUCAGAGUAGUGGUUACAUGAAACCUCUUCCACAAAUAACUGAUUUAGCAAAACCAAGAAUAGCACCAACAUUGGGUACAGGUUUAGGAGUACCUACUGCAGCUGCUUUGAAAAUGGGUGUUGGUUUUCCUUUACCUGUUGGUAAAGGAACAGAAGGAGUACGUGAAGGUAGAGUGUUAAGCAGUCAGGCACAAGAUCAAAAUCACAAAGGCGAAUUGACAUUAAGGCAUCAAUGUGGAAUAUGUAGAAGAUCCACAAAUCAACACCUACUUGCAAAAUGUGACACAUGUCAUCUUCAUUACCAUUUAUCUUGUCUUAGUCCACCUUUAUCACGUAUGCCUAAGAAAACAAAACUUAUGGGAUGCUCCACGUAAAUUGAGACACUGUAAAGAUGACUCGAAUUUAACUUCAACACCAACGCCACCACAAGAAGUACAAAUACCUACAACGCCAACAACACCUAGUACAUCAAAAAAUUCCUCCGCUAAUCUUAAUAGUAUAACAAAUGCAACUACACCUGAUACACCUACAACACCAAAAGUAACUAUAAAACCAGUUGGACCACAACCUCCGUCUUCUACUCCCAUUCAAUCAAACGAGUCAGUAUAUAAUCAACAACCAAUUAAUAAUCUGACAAUAACGAGAGAAGGUUCACCUGAAUAUAUGGUAGCUCCAGCAGACGGGACAGAAUCUGUUUCACAAAGAAGUGCAAAAAAAAGGAGAAGGGAAAAACAUAAAAGAUAUACUCCUGAUCCAAUUACGGGUAUAAAACAAAGGAAACGUAAACAUAAGAGAAAAAGUCUUGAUGUGGAAAAUCCUGAAGGACAAAGUCAACCAGAAAUUCAUAGAAGAAUCACAAUAAAGAUAAAGCCAAUUCCAAGACCAGAAGGAGAUGUUGCAUCAGAAUCAAGUCCUCAAAUGUUUGUUGCCACAUCUACUAGUACCGAAAUUACAUCACCACCGCCAUUACCUAAACUACCACCACCUCCACCUGUUGCACCCUUGUCUUCAAAUGCUACAUCUGUAACAGCGAAUAUGUCCACUAAUAAUACAAGUAGUAGAACAUCCACAGGAAAUGGAAAAAGGGGAAAAGAUACAGACCUUUUGACACAUUGUAAUGUUUGUAACAUGCCUGGUACCAGCCAAAAUCUCGUCAUGUGUGAUGAAUGUAAAAAAUGCUACCACUUCACCUGUCUUGAUCCACCAGUUAAAAAAUCACCCAAAAGAAGAGGCUAUUCGUGGCAUUGUGCGGACUGCGAUCCUAGUGCCUCUGAUUCUGAGACUUAAUAUCAACAAUUUUAUGUCUGCAGCUCUAAUUCUACGUUCAAAUAAAUUAAGACAUUGAAUGUCAUUGUUUUUUGUAAAAUAUACAGAGUAUAGAUAAAAUUUUUCCUCUAAUUAUAAAAAUCUCUUGAAAAUACAUAUUGCAAAUUUCACUUUUAAAUAUAUAUUAAAAUUCCUCUAUAUGUUCAAUGAAGUUUUCAGUAUUUAUUUUCAAUGGAUUAUUCUGUCUAAUUUUAUAUUUUUAUUUCUAAAUAUAAUAUGUGGAUAUGUAGAUAUGUCUUCUGCUUUUAUUUUUACAUACGUAUAUAUGUACAUAUGUAUGUGUGUGCAUGUACAUAAUAUUUAUCAAGAAUCCUACAUAUGUAUUUACAAAGGUAAGAAACAAUUGAAAUAUACAAUUUUAGAGUCUUUUUUGAUAUUUAUAAUUCAUAUACAAUUUAAUUUAGUAACUAUCAAUAUAUGUUCUUUUAAAGAUCUUGAAACAAAUUUGUUUUGCAAUAGUGUAUGCAAUUGUGUAAUUACUUUUUAUAUUACAAAUGAUUUAUAUUAUAUUUACAUUAAAAAUAAAUCAAUAUCAAUUUCAAAAAUUAUAGUAAAGCAAACAAUAUUUUUGUCUUAUUUUUUCCAGACAUAAAACCAUUAUAAAAAUCAAGAGCACUCAUGGUGCAUUUACCCUGUACAGUUAUUUUCUUUGCAGAAACAAAAGUAUUUUCUUUACAUUUUAUAAUCAAUACCUUAUUCUUUUUAUUAUAUAUUACAAUUCCUGGUUUUUCUCCUUCAAAUUGUGUUACUAUUGAUUCUGAUUUAAUUUUCUGAAUAUCAAAUAAUUUUACUUUUACAUUUUGAUAUGAAGUAGUUAAGGCAUAUAAACCGAAAAGAGCACGAUGCAAGUUAUAAACAUUUGUUGCAGACAUUUCAUUCCAAUUAACUAAAGAUAUAUUUGAUGUUACUUUCGGUGCAUAUGUUACAUUUUCUUCAUUUUGAGGUCUUGCAGAUUGCAAUAAUUCUAAUAAAUUUCCAAAUAAUUCUUCUAAAAGAUUUGCACCAAGUUUUGCUAAUUUUGUAUAUAAAUCUGGCAUAGUUUCAUGUUCAUCAAUAUUUAUUUGCUUUUGCAAUAUUAUUUCUCCUACAUCAAAUCUGAAAUAAUAUUUAAGCAUUAUUUUCAUUAUCGUGACUCCAGUUUGUGAAUCUCCAUUUAUUAAUGUAUGAAUUAUUGGAGCUGCUCCUCUCCAUCUGGGUAAUAAACUACCAUGUACAUUUAUCAUAACUUACAAUGGAAAUGCAUUUAUGAUUUUGGAUGGAAUUAAGUGACCAAAUGAAACAACUACUCCAAUGUGAAACUCUGAUUUAUUAACUUCAAUUGGCCAUUUAUUUACAAUAAUUUCAUUUUGUUUUGCAUAUUUUGUAACAGGAUUAUCUCUUUUUUGAUUAACAGUAACAAUUUCUAGUCGCUGCAGUUCUUUAAAUUUACUGUAUAUAAAAAUGUAUAUAUAUAUGUUUUUAAAUUUAUUUAAAAUAAAUGAAGAAUUUAUAAUAUAAAAAUAACAAUAUUGUUCUUACUGUUUAUUAUACAAGAUUUUUAAACUUUCGACAGCAAAUUCAUCUGUACCAAAAAAUAAAACCUUCCAUGCAUUUUGCGAUAUUGUACGUAACUGACUAAAAUAAUUGUAAUGUUUAUUGUAUAUUUUUGGACUAAAAGUUAAAGGAAACGUCUUAUUUACGUUUUUCAAUGAACACAAAAUUGAUGUUAUGUUGUGCAUUGUAUGGCUAAAAAUUAAGUACAUGGUUAUGUUUUUGUAAAACCUAACCCAUGUACAUCACUCAACAAUUACUUUGCAAUACUUUCAGCACAUCACUCAACAAUUAUUCUGCAAUAAGCAA